UUUCGUGCUGUAACCAUGGGCGCCCUUUGUAAUCUACCUGCGUGGUGGCUUCGUCGGAAGCUGCAGUGAAAUCUGGCUGCAUUGCCCGUCCAACCUGACGCGAACGGUCCAUUGACCAAGCCCCGAGCACCGUUGAGCUUGUGGCCGUUCCAGUCGCCGCCUCUCAAAUCAAUCGAGGGCCCGCCCGCCCGAUCCAGCACUGCUCCUUCCCUCAAUCGUUUCCAUCGAGCCCACAACCGAGCCAGUCAGUCUGCACUUGGGUUGGGACCAUUGAAAGCACUGGUGGGAAAUCGGGCCAUUGUCCCGCGCGGCAUUCGAAGCUUGCUGCUGCUGCUGUGCCUCCCCUCGCUGCCACCAACAUUUUCGACACACGCACACACGCACACACGCACACCCCCCCAAACCCCAAUCCCCAUUGUCUUUAUCCUUCCCCCGCCCUUCCUGUUUACCUAAUGCCUAGGAAAUCCCUGUAGGAGCUACCACCUACCUGCCUACCUAGGCACCUCCCUAUCUGCCCCGUCUACCCUUGUCAGCAACGCUAUCUGCCCUUCUGUGAAUCUUUCUCUGCUGUUCGAUUCGUGCUCUUCUUUCUCCUUCUUUUUCACUCAUCUGUGGCCCGUCCCGCAAUCCAUCCAGUCUGCCAGGACCACACCCCAUCCCGAAUCCCACCCGCGUUGACACCUUCUGGGUCAGCGUGUCGACACAGUUCGGGGGCAGGCGAGAAACUCGUCUGCUUUGUCCUUGUCCAACUUCUAGCUGAGCAGCUUUCCAAGCAGCAACAAUGGCGGCCAGCAAAGUCCCUGUCACGAUAACGUUUCGGAGGCCGGGAACCUCGCCGCCCGUCUUCGUGGCCGGCACUUUCUCGGAGCCUCAAUGGCAGCCCCAGGAGAUGACCUCCUCCUCCGACGAUCAAGGAGAGUAUGAAUUCAAGGCCGAGCUUCUUGCAGCUCCCGGCUCGAGCAUUCAAUACAAGUUCCGUGUGGGUCACGGCGACUGGUGGCUCCUCGACGAGAAUGCCGAUUCAGUUACCGACCAUGAGGGGAACUGCAAUAGUGUACUCACGGUUCCCAACGAGAUCAGGCCCGAGUUGGAGGAGGCACCCACUCCUGAAAGCUCGCCACCGGCUCCAGCGUCGCCUCCACCAAACGACAACGAGCCGGCCCCGGAAAUCCGCCUCCUCGACGACGAUGUCAAAGAAGGCCCUUCAAGUGCCUUUGGCGACUUUGAAACUGCGUCGGGCUGGCUAGACCCCUUUCCCAAGAAACACGGCCCUCAAAUGGAAGGUGACUGGGACGACAACCAGGAGCGCGUCCCUCUGUUUGCUCAUGAGUGCCUUGUGCCGAACGACCUGGACUCGAACGAAGGGGGCAGCCGGCCGCACUCGCCUAGCGAGGCGCGCCACUCCCUCGGGUUCGAGCACGAGCCUGACGUAUCGGAGCUCCAAGAUCCCGAACUCGAGCAGUUCCCCUCUCGUCUGGAGCAGAUAAGUGAGCUCAUUCACGAGGUGGAGGGCGAGCUCGAGGAGGACGAGACCGCGUUCGAGGGCGUCCCGCCCUCGGCCGUGCUCGGCGUGCCCCGCCGGAAAACGAACGACUUUGUCGGGGACUUUAUUGGAGGCUCCCCCGCCGAGAGUCCGUCCCUUUCUCGGCCGCAAAAGCGCCUGUCUGUCCCCAGGCAGUCCGUGGGGUCGGUCACCUCUGAUAUGUCGUCUUCGGUAUUGUCGCUGCAGUCCAUCGCCGAGAGUGGCGAGGAUAAUGACGACCAGGAUCCGCCCCUUUCGCCGCAACCCGUCAUGGUCCCUAGCCCCGUCACUCGCCCGACCAUGGCUGGCAAAAUACCUUCGAGCGAGGACGACGAGGCUGUGGUGUUGGAUAGCCCCAAGAGGACACUGGCAGAGGCCCCCACGCCAGUGCAGCCGCAAUCUGCCGAGGAGACGAGUGCCGCUCCUUCAUCGGAAACUUCGUACCGUGACUUACCCAAGCAGUCCGAGAAGGCUCAAUCUGCCGAGAAGACGAGUGCCGCCCCUGCAUCGGAAACUUCGUACCGCGACUUGCCCAGGCACUCUGAGAAGGCCCAGCCUGCGGACCCUAUCGAUCACGAUAGAGAGUACCAAACCUCGACGGCAAAGAAGGGAGAAAUUGACCUAUCCGGUGUCCCGGCGCUGACGGAUAUGAAGGAAAAGGGCGCCAUUGGUGGCAGCUUGUUGCGGUCGAAGCCGGCAGCAGGAACCAAAACUGACCGGCAGACCUUGCUCGCGGUUGGUAGUGCCGCCGUCGCCAUGCUGGGGCUGGCGCUUUGGUGGAAGUCGCGGAUAUGAUGACGAAUCCGGGCUGCGCGCCCACGGGGACGUUUGCCGGGCAUUUCUCACUUGGUCAUGGAAGGAAGCUUGUGCUCUUGCUUAUAUUGUUUCCGCAAUUGCCUGCGCUGUGAUAUGAUACUAAAGAGAGGGAUAAUAUGGGUAUUGGAGCAUACAUACUGGCCAUGAGUUAGCCUUCUGUUUCGUUUGUCCAAGGAUUGGAAUGGUUUGUCUGCGAUCUUUUGUCUGUGCCUGGGUAACCUACUCACCACCUAGGUAGAGAGCUACCUGAAAAUCGGUUCUGUUGGUCUGACCAUUGCUCUUGUUAAGUCACCACCGUGUCGUUAUCAAAACUAGGCGUGACUGUAGUGUAGAUCAGGCCUCCUCUUCGGUUACAGCCGCCUCGAUGCUGCCACCUCACGUGUAGUUACGACGACCAUGACCCAUCCUAGUCCCG